AGCGAAGUGUUUUAAGGGCACAGAACCAGUGAAGGGGAACAGUCUUCUGUCUGUGAGCCCCCUGUUCAGCAUGGGUGCCCCCAAGGGCGUGGUGACAAAUCCAUGCCCCCCAAAGCAGAUCUCCUCUCUCCUUUCCUUCCUCUGCCUACCUCUUUGGAGAGCAUCUCCAAUGGAAUGGUGAAGGGGAGCUCUUUGCUUAGAAAACUGGGAAUUGAUUGAGGUCUUCCUUCUCUCCACCCUCUGGGUUCAGAACCACAUCCCUGCCUGUCACAGCCUCGCCCAGAGGCCCCUUCCAUCCUUCUUUCUGGAAGGGGCGGCUUAACAGUCAGUUUCUGUAGAUAAGCCAGGCAGGUCUGCAAAGUUUGUCUGAGCCACUGAAGCUACAAAGGCUAGUAGAGCCUGUGGGGCUGGAAGUUCCAUCUAGUGCUGACUCAGCUGGGCUCUGUGGAUCCCACAGUGAACAAGAUCGGCCCUGCCCUCUGGGGGCUUACAUUCCAGUACAGUGGACAGACCCUGACAGACAUCCGAAUGUAAUUAAAAGGAUGAUUGCAGGCUGUGCACUGAGGUCUGAAGUAGAAGCACUUGGCAUCACAAGAACAUAUAACUGCAUGCAGGUGGCUCAGGAGGGCUUCUCGGAGGAAGUGAUGUUUAAGAAGAUGUGUGAAGGAUAAGUAGGCUUUUUAGGUGAAGGUAUGAGGUAGCAAGAGACAGAGGAAAACCAUUCCUGGCAGAGGGAACUGCACAUGCAAAGACUUUGUGGCUGGAGGGAGCACUACAGACAAGGAAUGGAAGGACUAGGAAGUGGCUGGAGUGCAGAGAGAAAGGACAAUGGUGCCACAUGCAGAGGGGGCAGAGCAUGUGGUCCUCUCCUAAAAGCAAGAGGAAAGGAGUGGGGAGGACAUGAGGAAUAUGGAAAGAAGAGGGUGGAGCCGAAACUCAUUGCUUAUCAAUUGUACAACUUGGACAAGCAUCUGUCUUUACCUUCACACGUAUCUGGGUUUCAGUUUAUUCAUAAUGGGGGUGAAAAUUACUCACCUAUCAGGGUAAACCAUGUGAAAACACCCACCACGUUAGUCUGAGCUUCUCCAGGACAGGAAUCUUUUUAUUUUCUGUCUCCCCAGCACCACCCAGGGAAAGCUGGGGACAGCGUGGCCUCAGCAUAAUUUCCUCCAGUUAAAUCCAACCAACUCUAUCCUGGCUCCUUCCUGGCUCGAUUAGCCCUCCCCUCCUUUUCCCUCCCCGCCUCCACCCCUUAAUUUUGUUUUGGUUCCCAGAGCCUCAGGGACUGGCUUCCCGUUGCCAUGACGACUGCCACUAAAGGAGCUAGCCACGUGACACGAGUUGAUAAGGGAAGCAGAGUGUCUAACUGCCUUGUUUUCCUGCCUCAGGGCUGGGCCUGGGAGGCCUCUUAAUUGGAGGGGAGAAGGCAGGGGCUUGUGGGCUGGAGGAGAGACCCUGGGAAAGAGGCAGGGAGAUGAGGUGGGUGCUAGAGAGGAAGCUACGCUCUGCACACUGGAGCUGGUGUGAGGGCUGUCCUGGGGAGCCAUCCUCACAGUGGCUGAGCUGGGCUUGUCUGGGGACUCAGCCUCCCAGCUCCUGAGUGGGGGAUCAUGAGAGGGGAGGUAGGUGGGACGUGUUGAGAAGGUUGGAGGAAAUCAAGAGGGAAACAGCUGAUGUUAGUACUAGGACCCUGUGGUGGUGUCAGUCUAACCCGGUGGCUCUUAGUGAAGGAGGGGGCACAAUUUUGCCCCCCAGGUAGGAUUGCCAGAUAACAUACAGGUCACACAGUUAAAUCCAAAUUUCAGAUAAACAACAAACAGUUUUUUAGAAUGAGUAUGUAUUGCUAAAUCUGGCAACCCUACCCCAGGGGACAUUUGGCAACAUCUGGAGACAUUUUUGGUUGUCAUAGCUGCGGGUGCUACUGGCAUCUAGUGGGAAGAGACCAGGAAUGCUGCUCAACAUCCUACAAAGCACAGGACAGCCCCCAUCACAAGGGAGUAUCCAGCUCAGAACAGCACUACUUUGCUGAUUGGUCCCCACAUGCCACCUUCUUUACUCAGAAAGACAGCCCUAAGAGGGAGAAUAACCAUCUCCUUCACUUUAUAGAAGAGGACCUGGAGGCACAGAGACGGUGAAGCAGAUUAUGGAGGAAGCCGUCACGCGCAAGUUUGUCCAUGAAGACAGCAGCCACAUCAUCUCUUUCUGUGGGACUCCAUUAGGGAAUUUGGAAGUAGAGAAAAGAUUUGGAAGUAGAGAAGAAAUUAAGAAUGACAUCUGCACCCCGGGAAAAGCGGCUGUGGAGGCCUGCGUCCUGCAUGGCCUGCGGAGGCGAGCGGCUGGCUUCCUGCGCAGCAACAAGAUCGCAGCUCUCUUCAUGAAAGUGGGCAAGAGCUUCCCGCCAGCAGAGGAGCUGAGCCGCAAGGUGCAGGACCUGGAGCAGCUGAUCGAGAGCGCGCGAAACCAGAUACAGGGCCUCCAGGAGAAUGUGCGAAAGCUGCCAAAACUGCCCAACCUGUCCCCACUCGCCAUCAAGCACCUGUGGAUCCGUACAGCCUUGUUUGAGAAGGUCCUGGACAAAAUUGUUCAUUACCUUGUGGAAAACAGCAGUAAGUAUUACGAGAAGGAAGCCCUCCUGAUGGACCCCGUGGAUGGCCCCAUCCUUGCAUCUUUGUUGGUAGGGCCCUGCGCCCUGGAGUACACCAAGAUGAAGACUUCCGAUCACUUCUGGACGGACCCCUCAGCCGACGAGCUUGUCCAGAGGCACCGCAUCCACAGCUUGCACCUGCGACAGGACUCGCCCACCAAGCGUCCGGCCCUCUGCAUCCAGAAAAGGCAUUCGAGCAGCAGCAUGGAUGACCGGCCGUCCCUCUCCGCCCGUGACUACGUAGAGUCCCUGCACCAGAACUCCCGGGCCACCCUGCUCUAUGGCAAGAACAACGUUCUGGUUCAGCCGAGGGAUGACAUGGAGGCUGUGCCGGGGUAUCUGUCCCUGCACCAGACAGCUGACGUCAUGACCUUGAAGUGGACGCCCAACCAGCUGAUGAACGGGUCUGUGGGGGACCUGGACUACGAGAAGAGCGUCUACUGGGACUAUGCCAUGACCAUCCGCCUGGAGGAGAUUGUCUACCUGCAUUGCCACCAGCAAGUGACUUCCUGCUGGGUCUCCUCUGGCCGGGUCGCGGUGGCAGUGGACAGCGGUGGGACAGUGGUGUUGGUCAGCCAGGACGGGAUCCAGAGGCCGCCCUUCCGCUUCCCCAAGGGAGGUCACCUCCUGCAGUUCCUCUCGUGCCUGGAGAAUGGGCUCCUCCCUCACGGGCAGCUGGACCCGCCACUCUGGUCUCAGCGGGGGAAGGGCAAAGUAUUUCCCAAACUGCGCAAGCGAAGCCCUCAGGGUUCGUCCGAGUCCACGUCUUCAGACAAGGAAGAUGAGGAGGCCACGGAUUACGUGUUCAGGAUCAUCUACCCUGGCAUGCAGUCCGAAUUCGUCCCCCAGGACCUGAUGGAUGUCUCCGUGAGCAACCUGCCAUCCCUAUGGCAACCCAGCCCACGGAAAUCUUCCUGUUCACAGAGUGGCUCGGCUGAUGGUGGCUCAACCAAUGGCUGCAACCAUGAGAGGGCUCCCUUAAAGCUUCUCUGUGACAAUAUGAAGUACCAGAUUCUUUCCAGAGCCUUCUAUGGAUGGCUUGCCUACUGCAGACACCUGUCCACUGUGAGGACCCACCUGUCAGCCCUGGUCAAUCACAUGAUCGUGUCUCCGGACUUGCCCUGCGAUGCUGGACACGGGCUGACGGCCGAGAUCUGGGAGCAGUACCUGCAGGACAGCACAAGUUACCAGGAACGGGAGCUGCUGCGUCUCAUCUACUACGGGGGCAUCCAGCCAGAGAUCCGCAAAGCCGUGUGGCCCUUCCUCCUGGGCCACUACCAGUUUGGGAUGACAGAAACAGAAAGGAAGGAGGUGGACGAGCAGAUGCAUGCCUGCUAUGCACAGACCAUGUCCGAGUGGCUGGGCUGCGAAGCGAUUGUGCGGCAGAGGGAGCGGGAAUCCCACGCGGCCGCCCUGGCCAAGUGCUCUUCGGGGGCCAGCCUGGACAGCCACCUGCACCGGAUGAUGCACCGGGACUCCACCAUCAGCAAUGAGUCCUCCCAGAGCUGCAGUUCGGGCCACCAGAACAUCCGCCUGCAGAGCGACUCCAGCAGCAGCACACAGGUCUUCGAGUCUGUGGACGAGGUGGAGCAGGUGGAGGCAGAAUGCAGGUUGGAGGAGAAGCAGCCCAAGAUCCCCAACGGGAACCUGGUGAAUGGCACCUGUUCCCCAGACUCCGGCCACCCUUCCUCCCACAACUUCUCCUCGGGCCUCUCGGAGCACUCAGAACCCAGCCUGAGCACGGAGGACAGCGUCAUGGACGCCCAGCGCCCUGCCCCACUGGUGAUUCGACCCAGGGACAGCGGUGUGGAUGACGGGCAGAGCAGCGAGGCCACCACUUCCCGGGAUGAGGUCCCCCGUGAGGAGCUGGCUGUGCAGGACAGCCUGGAGAGCGACCUCCUGGCCAACGGGAGCAUGGACGAGUUCGUGUCCAUCACUGGCAGUAUGGAUGUAGCUCUGCCCGAAAGGGAGGGCCCUGCGAUGGAGGGCUGGAGGGGCAUCGAGGUGGGGAAGCAGAGCCAGGUGGGCAGUGAGGACGACCUCUCAGAGGAGCCCGAGAUGGAAAGUCUCUUCCCUGUGCUCGCUUCUCUGGCCGUGACCACUUCUGCCAACAACGAGGCAUCCCCUGUGUCUUCUAGUGGCGUCACCUACUCUCCAGAGCUGCUGGAUCUGUACACGGUGAACCUGCACCGCAUCGAGAAGGACGUGCAGAGGUGUGACCGCAACUACUGGUACUUCACUCCCGCCAACCUGGAGAAGCUACGGAACAUCAUGUGCAGCUACAUCUGGCAGCACAUUGAUAUUGGCUAUGUCCAGGGUAUGUGUGACCUCCUGGCUCCACUGUUGGUCAUUCUGGAUGACGAGGCGCUUGCCUUCAGCUGCUUCACCGAGCUCAUGAAGAGGAUGAACCAGAACUUCCCCCACGGAGGCGCCAUGGACACGCACUUUGCCAACAUGAGGUCGCUAAUCCAGAUCCUGGACUCAGAGCUCUUCGAGUUGAUGCAUCAGAAUGGGGACUACACUCACUUCUACUUCUGCUACCGCUGGUUCCUGCUGGAUUUCAAGCGAGAACUCAUCUAUGAUGACGUCUUCUCUGUUUGGGAGACCAUCUGGGCAGCCAAACAUGUGUCGUCCGCCCACUAUGUCCUGUUCAUCGCGCUGGCGCUGGUGGAGGUCUACCGUGACAUCAUCUUGGAGAACAACAUGGAUUUCACAGACAUCAUCAAAUUUUUUAAUGAAAUGGCCGAGCGACACAACACCAAGCAGGUCCUGAAGCUGGCCCGGGACCUCGUGUACAAGGUGCAGACCCUGAUUGAGAACAAGUGAGGACCAUGUCACCCAGGCAGCGUCACCCAAGCCUCUGCCCACCUGCCUGUCCCGCCUGCUUCUCCUCCUGGCCGCCCAGGGAGCAAGGUCCUGGCAUCUGUUCCCGAGCAUGGACCUCUGUGCAAAGAGAAAGUACCCCAACUUUGGCCACCAGGCAGGUGGGAUCGAGGGAUUGCCCCUUCAGUUCAGCCUUACGUUUUUCUGUUUGACCAAAGAUUGCCCAAGUCUGGGAUUUCUCCCUUGUGGGAGUUGGGAGUUGUUGGUGUGCGGAGGGAACAUCUUCAUUCAUGGUCCCCAGAAUGGUCUCCUCCCUCUUCUCUCCCAUCCCUCCAACUGUCUUGUCAGAUGAGACUUGGGGAGGGAACUUUUUGGAAACUGGUAUAGGAGAGGUCUGUGGGGCUACCUCUGUACUUUGAAAGGGGCCUUUGGAGAUGUUCCAGAACGUGGCUGGAAGGUUGGCCUGGAGCAGAGCACUGUUGACAUUUAAUGCUUUUUGGAGGGAUGCUGCCCUGUGCACUGUUGGAAUUUGAGCAGCAUCCCUGGCCUCUACCUACUACGUGCCAGUAGCACCCUCCUCCCCAGCCCCUUGUGACAUCCUGGAGCACCUCCAGACAUUGCCAAAUAGCCCCAUUUGAGAACCACUGGCUUGGAGGAGGGGCUACAAGUGUAUCUCCCUCUCCACUUUCUUUGUACCUGAGCCGCCUAUAUCCUGAGAUUUUCUUCCAUUUAGAAAAGGCACAUGGGGUCCUUUGCACAUCUCUCUUGGGGUCCGGGAUUUCAACCAUUGUAUAUUUCUCAUUUUGUCUCCUCCACCUGGCCCAGGAGAGACUUUUUUCUUCUUUUAAAGAAAGACGUCUGCCUGUGAGAAGUGUCUGUAAGCAUGAGAUAGGCCUCUUCCGGGUCCUGCUCAGGGGCCCCCGGGCAGGGCAGAGUCCACAUCCCCUUCCUCUCUUCCUAGGAAGGACCUCGCCUCUCCUUCCAUACAUCGGGUCUGAUGUUCCAGAAGCUUGGAAGAUGUGUGUUGGUGCAAGCCACUUGUUUAGGGAGGCUGGCUUUUCUCUAAGUGCCCUUGCUCACUCAGGACAAAGGAGGGAAAGGAGGACAGAGGUUGGCCCAGGUAGGGUAUGGCGGGUGUUUUCCUUGGGAAAGAAACAUCAGCUGAUGAACUGGUGCCAGGGUCACAGACCAGACUGGAAAUGGUCCCCUCCAUGUCUUCACACAGAGGGUCACCAAUCCCCAAACAGACCCUAAGCAAGCUAGUUUACCUGCCUACCUGUCCUCCCAAGAGAGUGGUCCUGCCAGCCCUUCUCUUCCGAGAGUGUACGAGAGUCGGGAGAAACAGUGAGAGUUGGGGAGGGAUGCUCGUCCCAAGAAUGGCAGGUAGGAUUUUGGAGAGGGUAGGAGACUCGUCAAGCACUUUGAAGCAUUCGCAGAGAGAGUGCAUUAGUCCUUCCGUCCUGAGCAAACCAGGAAGGGGAGCAGUCCCUGCCUGGCGUGCUUGUGAAGGCACUUCCCUUGGACCCAGCACUUUAGGUUGCACUGAACUUCCGCCUGAGUAUGGUCUCCUGGGCAGGAUGGAUGAGACUAGAUGGCCCUCGCUUCCAAAGAACGCUCCGUGAGAAAUGCAUCUCCUCGCCCUAGUCCCCCACCUUCCCAAGAUGGGAGAAAAUGUAUGAAAGUCCCCUCCAGAUAAAAGUUUAUAUUGCCAUUCAACUGUUCACUACAGAGGAUGUUAUUUUAGCAAGACCCAGGUCCUAGACCUUCCGAUUCUUAUUUAUUUUUUUGACAGACUAGUCUGAAAGUACAGCACAAAAUCUCUUCUCUGCCUUCUCUCGUGGUGUUCCAGAGAGCGUCGUGGUUGUGAUUUGGAAUAACUCCUAUUUAUUCGGCUUACUGUGUUUAUUUGGAUCUUUGUACGUUGUGUGUGUCCUUGUGUCCCUGAAUCGUAUGCGUGCGAGUUGUUUUAUCUAUGGAGUGCCCUCCUUUUCUCAGUGUUGCCAACAUAUCUUGUUACAGUUUACUACAGAGUUGUGUCUAUAUAGAGAGAAAAUAUAUAAACAGAAACAUGUGAA